UCUGCGUGCUCAGCGCUCUGAUUCAGUUCCGACCUAGCUAGCACAUCUGGCAGCUUAGGCGCGAUCUGUCACGCGGCGGCUCGGCUCGCGAGAAACCCGGCCGGGCGACGGCUGCUGGGAGAAUGGACUCAUUUGGUCUCACCAGAGUGCACUCCUUUUGUCUCCUCCAGCUCGCAGUGACGAAUUGCUGCCCCGUGGAAAUGCAGCCGCCAGCAUCGUCAUGCCACUGAGCGAGAGAGAUGAGAUUCACCGUGAGCUCGUCCUUGCUAGUGGCAGUCUAAAAAGUGGCCCGCGUCGCGUGGGUGCGCGCGCGUGCAGGCGGAGCACCGUCUCCAGCAUCCAAAAUGUCCAAAUCCAAGAAAGCAGACGCGCGCCAUUCAGAGAUAGGCCUCGAGGAUAGAGACAGGCCUCGACGAGAGAGAGAGAAGAGAAAGGGGCCCUCGCAGGACAAUGUACCGGGAGCGCAGGCAGGUCGACGUGGCGUCGUCGUCGUCGCCGCCGCCACUGGCGCCGCUGGACACGUCGGACGAUCCGUCGUCGUCGCCCACGCCGCUGCCGCCUCUCUCGCUCUCGCUCUCGCAGUCGCAGUCGCCCUCGUCGCUCGCGCGGCGCAGCACGUCGUCGUCGUCGUCGCGCCUCCUCUCGCCCACGCUGUCGAGCAACUCGGAUCCGUUUAGUGGAAGUGCAAAGGCAUCGCUCCAGUCGCAUCCGUCGUUCAGCAAAGAGGAGCUCCGGAGCAAGCACCUGGCGCGCCACUUUGGCCCCCUAGCAGCUGGAGCCUCGGCCUCGGCGUCGCAUCUCGCCUCGCGCAUCGACGUCGACCGCAGGCGCGACGAUGCGCUGGCGAGCCACUUUGUCGAUUCGUCCGACGAUGCCCCCUACUCAUCCGACGAUGCAGCUGCCGCCACCGCCGCACGGCCCUUGGAGAACCAGCAGCACCAGCACAACCACCAGCCGAUCCCGUUUGUCAUUGGCCUCGGCCUCGGCCAGGAUGAGGACGUGUCGGAGCUGCCCACGCUGUGGAACCACCUGCAGCAGCACCAGGCCCAGCGGGCCGCCGCGGCCGCGUCGUCGUCGCAGGGCCUCGCUGCCGGCCUGGGCGAGGCGUUUCAGGAGCCACGGGCCAAGGCACGCGCGCGCACGUUCAGCCGCACCCAGUCGUCGAACACCGAUCCGUUCAGCGCCGGUGCCGGCUCGGGCAGCCAGCAGGCGGCCGCGUCGACGUCGUCUCCCCGCGCCUCGUCGUCUCGGCCGAAGAAAAAGGAGCGGCCGGUGGGGACGAGUCCCAAGAAGCUGACGCGUGCGCGCCACACCGUGAUGCGGGGUGGCGGUGUCGACGAUGGCGGCUUCGAAAGCAGCGAGGGCGACGAGGCCGUCCCGCAGCCGUGGGAGCAGCUCGCACCGCCGCGCGCCGUCGACUGGGACGAGGUGGUGAACCACGUGUUUGAAAAGACCGACGGGCGCAUCAACCUCGAGGGCAAGGCGCUGCAGCGCAUCGACCCCCUCAUUGGCGACCUGGCCAAGUUUGUCGUGCUGCCGCCGCUCUCGCGCACCUCGUCGUUUGCGCGCGUGCCCUCGUCGUCCACGAGUCCGUUUCCGCCGCCGCCGCCGUCGUCGUCGCAGCAGCCGCCGUCGUCGCAGUCCCCGUCGCAGCCGUCGUCUUCGCAGCAGCAGCAGCGGCGCCGCGACAAGACGUCGGCCCUGGAGCUGUACCUGUACAACAAUGCGCUGCGUGCGCUGCCGAGCGCGCUCUUCGACCUCGGCGCCAACCUGCGCGUGCUCUCUGUCCGCCAGAACAACCUCACCGAGCUGCCAGCGGCCAUCGGCGAGCUGUCGGCCCUGCGCGAGCUCAACAUCUCGAGCAACAAGCUGCGCUGGCUGCCGGCCGAGAUGCAGCGCCUCGCCCUCGACGAGCUCCUCUUUUUCCCCAACCCGUUUGCGCAGCCGCCGCCGGGUGCCCGUCUCACGGUGCGCCUGCCCCUGGGCGCCGCCGCCGCCGCGUCUUCUUCUCCCACUUCCAACUUUUGGUCACGUGGCGGUCGCACCACCAGCUUCGCGCUCAUCCAGACGCAGGCAGCGACGGCGACAAGUCAGCGCGGCAUUGCGCGCCACCUCGCCGCGCAUGCCGACCCCCCGCGCCUGCCCUCGCUCGUCGAGGUCUGCCUCCGCCGCCUCCUCGAGCCGCUACCCACGGGCGGUGGCGUUGGCGGCGGCGGCGGCGACGACGAGGGCGAGAUGAAUGGCCAUGGCGACGGCCAUGCCACCGACGACGCACGCCCGCUGCUCGAGGCCUACGAGGCCGGCAGCCUCCUCUCGCUCAAGACGGGAGGCCUGCACCCGGACCUGCUCCUCCGCCUCGAGGCCGCGCGCCGCAGCGCCACGGGCACCUGGUCCCGCCGCGCAGUCACCGGGGCCGCCAACGCUGCCGCCACGGGCGCGCAUUCAAGCUCAGCGGCGGGCCGUGCCGCGCGCAGGAAGCGGGCCAGCUGGAUCUCGAGGAGCGUCGUCUCUUCUGCCAAUGCCAAUGCCUCAAAGAGCACCGACGGCGGCUGGUCCUCCUCGUCGUCUUCCUCUUCCCCGUCGUCGCCCUCGUCGUCGUCGUGGGCAGAGGCCGACACGGAGGAGCGCGGCGGCGUGGCCAGGGACGUCGAGGAGCAGCUCGACGAGGGCGACGACGCCGUGCGCAAUCCCUGGUUCAGCCGCUGCCCCUGCCCGCGCCACGUGCAGGGCCCAGCCCGGCGACGGGGAGCAGCAGCAGGAGCAGCUAGAACAGCGAGCACAACAGCAACAACAGCGGCCAUGAAUGGGCACGACGACGACCUCCGCGACUGGCCACGCACCCAGGGCCCCGUCUUCUGCAGCGAAGGCGCCCGGCGGCUCGAGUGGGUCAGCCACGUCGGCGGCUUCCGCGUCGCCAGCCCGGCCGUGCGGACAGCCUUCGUUGGGCCCCAGCCGCCGCCGCCGCGGCAGCAGCCUCAGCAGGGCCAGCAGCAGGGCCAGCAGCAGGCACAACAGCAGCAGGCACAGCAGCAGCAGGUACAGCAGCAACAACAACAACAAGGACAGCUCGUCGACGGCAGCGGCUGCCUGCCCCUCCUCUGGCGCGGCUGCGGGCCCACUUGCCUAGACUUCCUGCUUGCCUGAUCGAUCACACAUCAUCACAUCAUACCAGAGUAAAUGCUACUGCCACUUUCAUCUUUCUUUCUUUUAUUUCCCCCUGCGUGUCUGUCUUAGAACUCCACUGGCAUGCCCGACGGCAGCAGCGACGGGUCCUGGUGCUGAGAAGAGGAGGGCGCCGCGGCCGGCGUCGCAGCCCCUCCGCGACGCUCGAUCUCGCGUGCGACAGACUGCAUCUGGGCAGGGCGCAGCGCGGCGAGCAUGAGGUCCAGUCGGGGCGUCUCGACGUUGUGCCAGCGCGCGCGCUGCACGACGUUGUGCACAAUCGCCUCGAGCUCCA